CUCCAUGGUCCUGUCUCCCCCUCAGACUGACGUGCGUCCAUCCACCCAAUGGCCGUCUGCAAUCGCUCUACCCCGUACCCCCGCUUCCUCCUGACGGGCUUCUCAGGCCUCGAAAGCAGCUAUGGCCUGCUUUCCCUGCCCAUCUUCCUGGUUUAUGCCAGCUCCGUUGCAGGGAACACGGCCAUCCUGUGCGUCAUCAGAACGGAGCCGUCCCUCCACCAGCCCAUGUACUACUUUCUGUCAAUGCUGGCGCUGACCGACCUGGGCCUCUCCACUACGACCUUGCCUACCAUGGUCAGCGUCUUCUGGUUCCACGCCAGGGAGAUCUCCUUUGAUGCGUGUCUGGUCCAGAUGUACUUCAUUCACGUUUUCUCAAUUAUCGAGUCAGCUGUGCUGCUCGCCAUGGCCUUUGACCGCUUGGUAGCAAUCCGAGAGCCCCUGCGCUAUGCAGCCGUUCUAACCAAUGCGGUAAUCUUUGCAAUCGCUUUGGCAGUGGCGGGAAGGGCCUUGGCUCUGGUCUUUCCAGCGUCCUUCCUCCUGAAGAGGCUUCAGUAUCGUCCUGUCAAUAUUCUUUCCUACCCCUUCUGCCUGCACCAGGACCUCAUAAAGACAACUGUAUCCAGCCGUCGAGUCAGCAGCAUCUACGGCCUCAUCGUGGUCAUCUGCUCCAUGGGACUUGACUCCGUGCUCCUCCUCCUCUCCUAUAUCCUCAUCCUUGGCACGGUGUUGAGGAUAGCCUCCAAGACAGAGCGGGUGAGAGCUCUCAACACCUGCGUCUCUCACGCCUGUGCCGUGCUCACCUUCUACACACCGAUGAUCGGGCUCUCUCUGAUCCGUCGCUACGGGCAGAGUGUGUCCCCCCUCGUCCACGUGCUCAUGGCCGAUGUCUACUUGCUGGUGCCACCCCUCAUGAACCCUGUUGUCUACAGUGUCAAGACCAAGCAGAUUCGUGACCGAAUCCUCAAGAAAUUUAGGCAACAGAAGGUUUAGGCGAAAGAGAC